AUGUCAGUUGUAGAAGACUUGCCGAAGAACUAUGUAUGUGUAGAAGGUAUAAUAGACGACAACGUAUUUUAUAUUGACGACCAUGAAGAGGAAGAUCCAGCACUUGUAGUGAUGACAAACCCCUUAAAAGUGAGUCAGCGGUAUCGCAAAGCUGUUGGGUACUAUAACUUCAAAGAGCACACAUUUAUAGAGAAAGACGACACUCGACAUCUGUUCCAAGACCUUUUUGUGAUGACGAUCGACUCGGACAAGGCGCGCCUGUUAGACGAUGCGAUUCAUUUCCAAGACCUUGGCAAUGGGCGAUAUGUCAUUGGGAUCCACUGCUGCGAUUACAUCGAUGAGAUCCCCGUCGACUCGGAGAAGUUCAAGAAGGCGCGGGAGAAGGUCAAAGGAACAGGGACAAAAGAUGGGUUGUACGACGUCAAAUUUCUGAAGGAGCACUCGCUGUCGUGUAAGAAACCGAUUUCAAAGACUUUUUCGUUGUUUUUUGAGUACGAGAAGGAGAGGGAGAGUGACAAAGUGAAUAUCGUGUCGAUCAAAUACGGGAAGUCCGCAGUCAAAAUUUGCGCACAACUCAAAUUUUCACAGUUUGAUAAGAUCGUGAGGGGGGAGAAGGACUUUGGGAGAAUCGAGUUGGCGGAGGGAGUUAAAUUGAGUGACACAAUAGCACAAGUAAAAAAUCUGUUUGCGUUCAUCAACGAGUGUUAUAAAUUCUUCGGAAAGGAAAUUAAAGGCGCCGAGGACGUACUUGAUAUCCUAGGAUUCCAUUUUAAUGAGUAUUUGGCUAACUACUUGAGAGACAAAUAUAACACAUUGGCACUCUGCGGACAAUACAAAAAGACAAGCGGAAUGUACUACUACUCAACGUUCAGAAGCCCAUUGAGAAGGUUCGCAGAUUUGUGCGUGUUGAGACAGAUCGACGCUGCUAUUAAUAACUUAACGGAUGAAAAAAUGACGAAAUAUGUGUCGGGCGAUACUAUAGAGGAAUUUAAAGAACUGAAAAAGAAACUUUUUUAA